AUGGAAGCAGACAAGAAGCUCUUCAAGAGCUUGGCCAUCUCCAAUUCUGAGCUAGCCAAUGAGAUCCAACAACUAGCUCGCUCAAAGAGCCAACAAAAUGACGAUCAUAUCGCCAUCAAGGCCCUGCUGCUGAGGUUGUAUAAUUCAAUCGUCCGGCUCACAGGACGACGAGGACACCCACCGGCUCCGAACAAGACCAUCAUUGAGGCCUAUCACAGCUUCUUUGAACCUAUAGAGGCACUCGCUGGACUUCCCAUGGGCGACUUCCUCACUGCACGCAUGUUUAUGUACCUUUCAAGUGCGUUGAUUCACGAUAAAUCUCUCAAUUUGAGGUUUAGCGAGAGCAAGGCCGCAGCCGCCUCGGCAUUCUUACAUGAGUUUUGCGUCGAGCUAGACGAUGGGUUGCUCGAGCCCCUGAAGAGGAUAUGGAUCAAGAAUAACCAGGAGCAGUUCCACUGGGUCUUUUCCGAGUGUCCAGUUCAGCGCUCAGAAGAGUCGGGUAUCGAUCCUGCCAGAUAUCCAGACCUUGCACAAGCGCUGUCGCCGGAGGAACUCAAAGCAGCAGGGGGGAAAGGACGGCAAUGGUUUCGUUCAGACCCUAAGGAUGAACCGGACUGGAAACUCUUCUCCACAAGGCUUCCCGAUAUUGAUGACGAAGACACUGAGAAUCAUCUUUGGAAAUGCAUAGGAACCGACGGUCCUAUUUGCUCAGGCCGGGUCUACCGCACGCUUAACAAGGACGCUGGCGAAGAAUCUUUUCACUCUGUUCCCGUUCUUCGAAGAUCACGGCAGUUCAUCCUUGAUGCGCGGCAAAUCUCAAAGCCCCUGAUAACCAAACAGGGAAGCCAUCUCCUGGCGGGGAUACUCUUCAGGGCAGAGAUACCUACCGAAAUCCGAGAAAUGAUUUGGACAUAUAUGAGAGAGCCGCCGCCACCUAGACAAACCGACUACCUCAAAGGCCUCGACAUUGCCUCGGCCUACGCCCCUUUUCCAAAAGUCCCCGAGCCUUGCCAGGAGUGCAAGGGGAGAAAAGUAAGACGGCGAGACAAGAGCAUAAAGGAAACUUGCCCAGAACAUACCAUUUACGUUUGGAAUCUCCCUCUGCGCAUGUUCCACGUUCUGCACCCGGAGGGCAACUCAGGAUGGUGGCCCUGCGCGGAGGGCCUCGAAUGUUCUGGGCACCAUGACGAUGAAGAAUGGCGCGUGGAGGAUCAAGACAAACUUCUAGGGUGGAUUGACGCCGUCAUUCUUGAACGCAACUAUGAAUGUUCUGAGCUCUACGAUACAGGCUACGGUCCGCAUGAAUCCAUCACCAGAAGCCCGAAAGAAGACGAGACGAGACGAGAGAGAUUAUUUUCAGAAAAUGGUCCUUUCGUGGACGUAACGGAGCAGCGCAAGAUGGAAGGCGGUCUCUGCGGUCCCCUAAGCGUAAUGGCGCACAAAGCAGCAGUAGUCCAAGCGUGGAAUGAUGGGGGAGAAAGGAGAAUCGACACGAGCGAGGUUCAAUGGGCGCUGGGACGCAACUUGGUCGAACAGGGGAGGGCUGAGGAUACAAUGAAGAACCUGUGGCACGGCACUACCCGUUCCUGUUGGUUUUGCAGAAGGUAA